GAAGGAAGGUAAAGGAAGGGAUAGGAUCUGUCGGCUGGUUUCUGCAGUGUGGUGGAGUGCUGCAGGAGAGCAGGAUGCCUGCUGGGAGAAGCGGGGAUGGAGCUGGGUCAGGAGGCUGCGGGACGACGGCGGCCCCAGGCCGGGCUUUUCGGUCUGGGCUGCGGAAGAUGCUGGCGUGGGCCAUCCUGGUGCUGGUGGCAGGAUGGGGAGGUGUGGAGGCAUGCCCCACUCCCUGCAACUGCCUGGGGAACACGGUGGACUGCCAUGGCCUGGGGAUCCACUCCGUACCCAAAAACAUUCCCAGGGGCACUGAGAGGCUUGAUCUGAACGGAAACAACCUGACAGUCAUCAGCAAGACAGACUUCUCUGGUCUCAAACACCUCAGAGUCCUUCAUCUGAUGGAGAACCAGAUCAGUAACGUUGAGAGAGGAGCUUUUGAUGAACUGAAGGAGCUGGAGAGACUUCGCCUCAACAAGAACCGUCUCAGCCAACUUCCGGAGCUGCUGUUUCAGAAGAAUGAAGCCCUGUCUCGACUGGACCUGAGUGAAAAUUUCAUCCAGGCCGUCCCGAGGAGGGCCUUCAGGGGAGCCACGGACCUCAAAAACCUUCAGCUGGAUAAGAACCAUAUCAGCUGUAUAGAGGAGGGGGCGUUUCGAGCUCUACGGUCUCUGGAAGUACUCACGCUGAACAACAACAACAUCAGCAGUAUUCCAGUCUCCAGUUUCAACCACAUGCCGAAGCUCCGCACCUUUCGUCUCCACUCAAACUCUCUGCGCUGUGACUGUCACCUGGCCUGGCUGUCUCCAUGGCUCCGGCAGCGGGCGGCUUUGGGCCUCUACACUCAGUGCAGCUCCCCUCCCUCGCUGAGGGGCCUGAACCUCGCCGAGCUGCGCAAGAGCGACUUCGCCUGCUCAGGCCACGGCGGCAGUGCCUUCGUUCAGCCGUGCAGCCUGGCGUCCGGCUCCUGCCCUCCCAUGUGUUCCUGCAGCAACAACAUCGUGGACUGUCGAGGGAGGGGCCUCACUGCCAUCCCCGCCCACCUGCCUGAGGCCAUGACUGAGAUACGUUUGGAGCAGAAUGGCAUCAAGUCGGUUCCUCCGGGUGCCUUCACCUCCUACAAGAAGCUUCGUCGAAUAGACCUGAGUAACAACCAGAUAUCUGAGAUUGCUCCUGAUGCUUUCCACGGCCUCCGAGCUCUCAACUCCCUGGUUCUGUAUGGUAAUAAGAUCACUGAGCUGCCCGGCGGAGUGUUUGAUGGCCUGGCCUCUCUGGAGCUGCUGUUGCUGAACGCCAAUAAGAUCCACUGCAUCAGAGCCUCGGUGUUCAAAGAUCUGGAGAACUUGGCUCUGCUGUCGCUAUAUGACAACAAAAUCCAGAGUCUGGCAAAAGGCACCUUCAGCUCGCUGCACAGCAUCCAGACGCUCCACCUGGCCCAGAACCCCUUCGUGUGUGACUGUAAUGUGAAGUGGCUGGCUGACUUCCUGCGCUCCAACCCCAUAGAGACCAGUGGAGCACGCUGCGCCAGCCCUCGCCGCCUCGCCAACAAACGCAUCGCACAGAUCAAGAGCAACAAGUUCCGCUGCUCCGCCAAGGAGCAGUACCACAUCCCAGGUACUGAAGACAGGCGUCUGAGCUACGAGUGUAACAGUAAGCCAGUGUGUCCUGCCAAGUGUCGCUGUGAGGCAAACGUGGUCGACUGCUCCAACCUCCGCCUCACCAAGUUCCCUGAACACCUGCCCUCCUCCACUGAAGAGCUAGAUCUGAGCAACAAUAAAAUCAGCUCCCUUUCUGAUGACUCUUUCUCCAACAUGAGCCAGCUCACCACUCUGAUCCUCAGCUACAACUCUCUGCGCUGUAUCCCUCCUCUGGCACUGGGUGGCCUGCGCUCUUUGAGACUGCUCUCUCUCCAUGGCAACGACAUCUCCGAGCUGCAGCAGGGCAUCUUCAGCGACGUGGCCUCCCUGUCUCACCUAGCGAUCGGAGCCAACCCUUUGUACUGUGACUGCCGUCUGCUCUGGCUGUCAGACUGGGUGAAGAGCGGCUAUAAGGAGCCCGGUAUCGCCCGCUGUGCCGGACCGCACGGUAUGGAGGGCAAGCUUCUGCUCACCACUCCAGCCGACAAGUUCCAGUGUCUGGGUCCGGUAGAGGCGUCUGUUCAGGCCAAAUGCAGCCCGUGUGUGGCCUCUCCCUGCCAGAACCAGGGCGUCUGUCAAGUCGACCACACGCAACUGUACACGUGUACCUGCAAGUCUGGCUUCACGGGUAAACACUGUGAGACUCCAGUUGAUGCCUGUGUCAGUAAUCCCUGCACCAAUGGAGGAGUCUGCCUCAGUGACGAACAGACCAGAGGGUUCAGCUGCGCCUGUGCAUUCGGUUUCCACGGUACCUUCUGCGAGGUGAACGUGGACGACUGUCAGGACCAUGGGUGUGAGAACGGCGCCACCUGUGUGGACGGAGUGGGCAACUACACCUGCCUGUGUCCUCCAAACUACAUAGGUCUGUUUUGUGAGGAAGAGGAGGGUUUGUGUUCUCCAGGUAGAAACCCCUGUCAGCAUCAGUCCACCUGCAUCAGCACUCCUACCGGCCCCAGGUGUGUGUGUAUUCCAGGCUGGCUGGGGCCAGACUGCGGUAUAGAUUAUAAUGAAUGUGUGGACCAUCGCUGUCAGAACGGAGCUCAGUGCGUCGACCAUCUGGACGGCUACAGCUGCGUCUGUCCACAGGGAUACAGUGGUGAGUUUUGUGAGGUGGCCCUUCCUUCCCUGUCACCCUGCCACCUGGCUCAGUGUCAAAACGGCGCCCCCUGUGUGGAGCAGACGGGGACUGCGGUGUGUCAGUGUCUGCCGGGCUUUGAGGGUCAGAGCUGCGAGAAGCUGGUCAGCGUCAACUUUGUCGACAGAGAUUCUUACGUUCAGCUCCAAGACGUCAAGAACUGGCCUCAAACCAACAUCACACUGCAGGUGUCAACAGCAGAGGACAACGGCAUCUUGCUCUAUAACGGAGACAACGAGCCGAUUGCUGUGGAGCUCCAUCAGGGUCAUGUCAGGGUCACGUAUGACCCUGGGAACCAGCCGGCCACUGCUAUCUACAGCACUGAGACGGUGAACGACGGGCAGUUUCACACAGUAGAGCUGGUGACCUUUAACCGGAUGGUGAACCUGUCUGUGGAUGGAGGAGAGCCGACGACUCUGGGCAGUCAGGGCCGGAGCCAGCCGAUGACAACGGAGACGCCUCUGUACGUAGGAGGUAUGCCUGAGGAGGUGAUGCCCACCUCUCUGGGUCUCUCCUCUCAGACCAUCAACAUGUCCAGUUUCCACGGCUGCAUCAGGAAUCUAUACAUCAACCACGAGCUGCAGGACUUCACCCGCAGCCACAUGAAGCCGGGGGUGGUGCCGGGCUGUCAGGCCUGCCGCAAGCUCUACUGUCUGCACGGCAUCUGCCAGCCCAACGCUGCACAGGGUCCCCAGUGUCACUGCCAGUCAGGUUGGACCGGACAACACUGUGACCAGCCAAUUACAGGAGGCCUUACUGGAGCGGAUGUUGUCACCACGGCAACUGGUGUCAACCCGUGCGAAGGCAGCAAGUGUGUGAAGGGCGUGUGCAUGGCGCUGGAUGCGCAGACGUACCGCUGCGACUGCGAGGAGGGAUAUCGCGGUGCGCUGUGUAACCUGCAGGGGGAGCCGGCAGGUUUGUGUCAGGGUCUGCAGUGUUUGCACGGCCAGUGUGAGGAGACCGAGGACGGAGAGCACUGCGUCUGUGAGCAGGGAUACACCGGAGAGAGCUGUGAUAUAGAGACUCCAUGUCGAGGUGAGCCGGUGAGAGAUUACCACCGGCUGCAGCGCGGCACCGUCCUCUGCCAGACGUCCAAGCCGUUCUCCUGGGUCGAAUGUCGGGGCCGGUGCCAGGCGGGAACCGAGCCGGGCACCACCACCGCUUCCUGCUGCGCCCCCCUGAGGGUCCGACGCCGGCGGCUCACCUUCGAAUGCGACGACGGGACCUCGUUUACACAGGACGUGGAGAAGCCUGUGGAAUGUGGCUGCAAGGAGUGUGUGUAGUGCUGUGGAUGUGAUGGUGCGAACAUACACACUCGCAGACACACACACACACACACACACACACACGUCCAAACACAACACACACCAAGCUAAAGAGGUACACACACUGUAGGGAUUCUAUCACUGAUAAACGGACAUUUUGGUGUUUGUUUCGUGUGUUUUUGCGCACAGACGCAGUUUUGUAACAUAAGACAGUUCUUCCCUCUCGAAACAUGAAAUCAACCAGUCAACCUCAUCGUCAUCUUCCUCCUUUCACCUGCUGCGGGAGAACCUGCGCUAACUACCUAACCCCGGCUCAUUUUUAAUACCGGUGUGUGGAAAAGCCUCCGUAUGCCUUCCCAUAUGUGUUUCUGAUGUGUGGCUGGUUAAGUGCUGCUCUUCAUUCACUCACAGCUACGACGGCGAGCGACGACUUGUUGCAAGAAAUAAAGGUACUAAUUUAAGCAGCAGACUCGCUUAUG